CAGUUCGCUGUCUCGGCGCGCGUUGGCCAAGCCUUCGAGUAAGAGCGAGAGGAACAAAUAAAGAAAGCAAGGUGUUGUGUGUGUUACAUAUGUGGUGAUAUGAUAUGGCGCAAUCGACGUGGCGAACGGCCGGCGCGAGGGUAGUGCGCAUGCCAGUGGUGUGUCCAGUGCGAUGAGCCCGAUUCACCUGCUCGCUAUUGUCCUACUGCUAGGAGGCGAUGGCCUCGAUGCUCACAAGGUCGACGAGCCAAGUUCGUCUAGCCCAUUUCGCGAUUGACUGGUGGUGGUGGUUAACGGCUCAGAUACACGCGAACCACGGAUAAACGAGGAAGCUGAUAAGUAUAUUGUGCCCAAGUUUUUGUUUUCCCGGUGACGCAGGUGACGUCGGUGGCGGGCUACAGUGCGAAACUGCCUUGUGAGAUAACAGCUGGCGCACGUGGCGAAGAGGCAUUCAUGCUGUUCUGGUACAGAUCGGAGAACGAUGGUUCACCGAUCUACAGCGUGGACGCUCGUAGCAGUCCACUGAAUCGUGGCAGGCAGUGGUCCAAUCCGAAUGUACUUGCCGAUCGUGCCACUGUUACGUUUGUCAAUCGUCGGGCCGAGCUGCGCAUCGACAAGCUCAUGCCUGAGGAUGCAGGGCUUUACAAGUGUAGACUUGAUUAUAGGAAUAAUCCAACGAGGAAUCGACACGUCAAUCUUACGGUCGUUGUUCCACCUCAAUCUCCGGUGAUUUAUACUAGUGGACGUACCUUAGCACAUAGUGUGCAACCUUUCAAUGAAGACAGUGAGUUAGUCUUAAUAUGCGAGGUACAAGGCGGCUCACCACCACCGAAGGUAACAUGGUACAGGGAUGGUAAGCUCACCGACGACACUUACAAACGAGAAUACGAUGAAAUCGCCGUUAAUCGAUUGGAUGUGCAUCGUGUCACUCGUGAUCUUCUCAGUGCACAAUAUGUCUGCCAGGCGAGCAAUACGGAUCUCAUCGAGCCUGUCAGUACUGACAUUAUGCUCAACGUUAAUUUGAAACCACUAGUAGUCAAUAUCACGAAUAAAACUCCAUACCUAUCUGCUUUGGGGACUUACGAGAUCGAGUGUGUGAGUUCGGGCUCGCGACCGCAUGCAGUAAUAACCUGGUGGAAGGGCACGCAUCAAGUCAAACAUAUGGCGAGGACUUUCGCAGAAGGUCAGAACAUGACAAGGAGUAUAAUGAGCUAUGUACCAACGAUGGAGGAUGACAAUAAAUUUCUCACUUGCAGAGCUGAGAAUCCUGUAGUUCACGAUAGUGCACUCGAGGACAGAUGGCACUUGGUCAUACAUUACGCGCCGUUGGUGACGAUAAAACUCGGCUCGACCCUGCGGGCAACAACGAUAAACGAAGGUGACGACGUUUAUUUCGAGUGCGAAGUCAUAUCAAACCCCAAAGCCUACAAGUUAGUUUGGUACAAGAACGGCCGCGAGAUACACCACAAUCCAAUGGCCAAUGUCAAGAUCCCCGGUGGCAAUUCGCUUGUACUUCAAAAAGUCACGCGCAAUUCCAGUGGUGACUAUGCAUGUGCCGCUGCUAACGACGAAGGCAAAGCCAUCAGCGCUCCUGUCGAGCUUGAUGUACAGUAUGCGCCGGUGUGCAAAGACGGCACGACGACACAGGUGGUCGGAGCCCUGAAACACGAGACAAUAUCGCUGGUGUGCGGUGUGCAGGCGAAACCAGCGCCGACGAGUUUUCAGUGGACAUUCAACAAUUCGGGCGAGCUGAUGAACAUGCCGACGAGUAAGUUCGCUCAGGUGAAGCCCCAACAUCUAGUCACCAGCCAUUGGCAUGGCUCGAGGCUCAACUAUACUCCUGCAAGCGAUAUGGAUUACGGGACCAUCGCUUGUUAUGCCAUCAAUUCCAUUGGCACUCAGAAGGUGCCAUGUUUCUUUCAAAUUAUCGUCGCUGGCAAACCGUAUCCACUGCAGAAUUGUUCAGCUGUACAGUCGACGGGAUCUUAUGCUUAUCGUAUGAGCCAAGAAGACUUCAAAACGACGGACGCCAGAGACGUCGACUGGUUAAUAGUGCGUUGUAGCGAGGGUUUCGACGGCGGUUUACCGAUCACAAGUUUCGAGUUGGAGGUUUACAGCGACGAAAACGUCUAUCACGUGAACACGAUCUACAUCAACCACACGGACAAAGUAUCGACAAACACGCUCGGACCAAUGUUCGAGGUGCCAGGCUUGGAACCGGGCAGGAAUUACAAAAUGUUACUUUACGCUGUGAAUGCUAAGGGCAGAAGUGACCCUGUCGUGCUCGAGCCAGUCACUCUCAAGGGGGUCGCUAUGUACACAACCGGUCUAGACUCGAGCAACUACGCGACCGACUACAGCCUCCUGGUGGCGUGCUUCGCCGGUGGCAUUACUGCCAUCUGCAUACUCGUGGUGGGUGUGACGUUGACGCUUCAUCGGCGCAAUCAACCACUGCAAUCCACCAAGACGCAGACGCGCGUCGUUCACUACACCGCGGCUGUUGGUGCUGCCUCCGGCAACGACACUCUAGACGCAACGGCUGUUCAUGACGAUCGACUCAGAGCAGCUAGUCUGCAGCAACAAUUGCAAAUUGGUCAGCACAAGAUACGCCAGGAAUACGAGUUGCAGCAACAGCCGUGUCGCAUGGAUAUCAGUAGCGGCCGUCAAUUCGAGAUGUUUGCACAAACGUCGACCUCGUCGUCGAUAACCGCUGGACUGGCGUCGAGCAUGAUGCCCGAGGAGAAUCCCGACGUGAUAGCCUCGAGAACGAGUGCGAGGCAAAAUGGCUUUUUACCCGGUUGCCAGCUGCUCGUUGAGGGUUGCAGUGGUAGUCCUGGUGUUAGACCAAGUACUUUACCUGUGCACGGCACUCAUGACGUCUACACGAAGAGCCUGAGGCUUCAGGAGAGUUGUAUAUAACGUGCAGUGGACUGAGCUCCUUCAGUGCCAGUGAUAUUCAUUUUCGCACUCUGAUUGAAAUACCCUUUUCUUGUUUCUUCUCUGUUCUAUGCGUGUGGAACAACAACAACAACAAAACAUUUGGUGUUUGUACAUAUGGACAAUAAAG